UGGACUCUUGACUGACGCCUGUUUGGCCUAUGGGUGAUUUAAAGGUGCUACGGCCUUUCUCUCGCUAUGCUGCUGCAAGUUGGACUUUCGGUGCUCGCCAGGCGUGCUCUGCUAAGGAAGAGCGUCUCCUUCCCCGCUUCUUGCAAUAGACCGGCCGCCUUCAUGUCGACCUUGCUGAUCAACCAAGCCCAGUACGCGUGGCUGAAAGAAUUGGGGCUUCGAGAAGAAAACGAGGGAGUUUACAAUGGCUCCUGGGGAGGAAGAGGAGAGGUUGUGACAACAUACUGUCCUGCAAAUAAUCAGCCCAUAGCUAAAGUUCGCCAGGCAAAUUUGGAAGACUAUGAAGAAACAAUAAAGAAAGCUAAAGAAGCUUGGCAAAUAUGGGCAGAGGUUCCUGCACCUAAACGAGGAGAAAUAGUGAGACAGAUUGGAGAUGCCUUAAGAGACAAAAUCAAAAUUUUGGGAAAUUUGGUAUCAUUAGAAAUGGGGAAGAUUUUUGUUGAAGGUGUUGGUGAAGUCCAGGAAUAUGUAGAUAUCUGUGAUUAUGCUGUUGGUUUAUCUCGGAUGUUUGGUGGACCCAUGCUGCCUUCAGAAAGACCUGGACAUGCCUUAAUAGAACAAUGGAACCCUUUGGGAUUAGUUGGCAUCAUCACAGCCUUUAAUUUUCCGGUUGCGGUUUAUGGCUGGAACAAUGCAGUUGCUCUCAUCUGUGGCAAUGUCUGCCUAUGGUAAGGUAUUUUUUCCCCAGUUUCAGGAU